GUUUCGUUUCGUCAAGCCUGGUUCACGGGGUUAGGGUUUUUAUAUGUGCCUCGAUUCUAGGGUUCGGGUAUCGGUUCGCGGGCAUGGCGACGGCUCAGCAGCAGGGAGGAGGAGCGAAGAGGAAGCCGGUGUUUACGAAGGUGGACCAGCUGAAGCCGGGGACGAGUGGCCACACCCUCACGGCCAAGGUGGUGAGUUCCAAGACGGUGCUCCACAAGGGUCGCGCCGCCUCCGCCCAACUCCGCCCCACUAGGAUCGCCGAAUGCCUCGUCGGUGAUGAGACCGGCACUAUCAUCUUCACUGCCCGCAACGACCAGGUUGACUUGAUGAAACCGGGCACCACUAUCAUCCUCCGCAAUGCGAAGAUUGAUAUGUUCAAGAACAAAAUGAGGCUGGCUGUUGACAAAUGGGGUCGCAUUGAGGUUACUGAGUCUGCUAAUUUGACAGUAAAAGAGGACAACAACUUAUCUCUUGUUGAGUAUGAGCUCGUAAAUGUUGUGGAAGAGUGAACAUUAUUUCCUAUCAUAUAAUUGCAUUUGAUGGACCGAAGAAGGCUUUGACUCCCACUGCCUUUUUGGGUAGUUUUAUUCUCAUCCCCAUGAUCAUAGAUUUGCGUGUAUGAGGUUUUAUGAUAAGAGCAUUUUGAAGUUGCUAUACAAAUUCCCACUGAAGCUAGUGUGAUUUUGUCCUUGUCAACAGUUCUGUCCAUUGACUAGGGUUGUUCGCUGCAUCAGUGUGAUUUAUCCAUUAGCUGUAAAUUGCUCAGCACAUCUUAUUUUCUCUGGUGCACAUAAAGGUGCUCAACCAAAAAAUUGAAGAAUAUAGUCGUGGAAAGACAAAUCUGUUGUUUCAUCCAA